UGGCAGAGUGCCCGCCGAGGAAGGGACGUGCUGCAGCCGCGGGGUGGGUGCCGUGCUGGCGCUGGUGUUCUCAAACAUGCUCUGGUCCACUGGAGGAGGAAGGGAACAGAGAUGGGAUGUGAGCCAGGCUGGAAGGGCGAUCCCAGCAAGGACAGCUGGCCUGAAGCUGCCUGCCAGCAGCAUGGGAAUGCAAUCUUGGGGUCAGGGAGGCUGCUCCUUCAGCCUCGCAGAGGCUGUGGGCAGCCAGGCCAUGCCAGGGCUGCAUGCAUGGGGGACAGCAUGGGGCAAGACAGGGUAGCAGUGAGCCCAGGGCUCCAGGCUGGCACUGCCAACACACCGAGAGCUUCUCUUACCUGACACCAAACGACUUGGAAAGCAGGUUGAGGAAAGAAAGAGAGAGAGAGCAUUUACCAAGGGAAUGGCAAGGGGAAGGCCUGUCCCUUCCACACUGCCAGGUGGGGUGUGCUGCCAACCCUCUGCCUGGACCUACCACGCUACCUUGUGGAGAUGGGACUCAUGUGGUGUCAUGUCACUCAGGCCCUGGCAAAGCUGCAGGGGCUGCAGUGGGGGCACCCACAGCCUGGGCUCUGCACUGGCCACCCCACCAAGGCUCCCUCAGCCCAGCCCAGACUAGGUCUGUGUGGUGGGUGGCAGUCGGUACUUUCUGGGGACCCAGUGGGUUUCUGCAGUCACACCCCACCUCUGAGCUACACUGGUUUCUCCCCCAUGUCUUCUCAGCAGGACUCCUUGAAGCAGUGGGUGCUGCCCCCAGGAGUGCCAGCUUGGACCCCCCAUGGCUGCCCCCAUGCCAGUGUGGCUCUCCAUGUGAUGGCUCCAGCCAGCUGCUGGGUAAGCCUGGUGCUGCCAGGGCCUCAGUGCCCACCAGCAUCCUGUGCCCAACUCCACCUCUGCAUCCCAGGGGCAUGUACUGGGACAGAGCCAACCACCUUCGCAUCCCAGCCCCUGAGAGGGACAGGCUGGCCAGCAGCAGAGCCAGCAUCAUGGUCCAGGACAUCCUCACCACUUCCCAGCGGCAGACAGUGCUCCAGUGUGGCUACCAGUGCAUGUUGUGUUGCCGCAUCUUCCCCACAUUGUGGUUGGUCAAGACCCAGAUCCAGCACAGCUCCCAGGAGGGCUACAGCUGCAACGGGUUCUACUGCAGGCUCAAUGCCCUGGGGAAGCAGGAGCUCAAGGCUCAGGAGGCUGCAGCCUCCAGGCUGUCCAUGUAGCCCCACCAGCCAAGCAGCCACCACGGGAGGGCACUGCUCCAUCGCUCCUGCCAGCGGCAGAAUAAAUUCUUUUAGGAUCAGCCAGCCCUGCCUCUGUGCUGCUCUUCCUACGCAACACUGCCAUCCUUUGAGAGGCUCUUCCCUACUUUUCCUUCCCCAGCAGACAAAAAUCUCCUGAGCUCCUAAAAGUGCUGCUUAGCAUUUCUGCACCUCUGUGGGGAGCUCUGCAGAUGUCAGGAACCCACUGGCACCAUCAAGCUGUUGGGUCAGCCCUAAGACAAGCUUGCGCUGUGCAGUGGCUGAAGGGGAAGACUGAAACCCUUCUACUCCCAGAGGUAUUCAGAGCACCUUACUCUCAUGGGUAGCCUGUGGCUGGCACCACAACAGGGGUCCCACAGGGGA